AUGGGCCCCUGUACCGCCUCCCCAUGCUGCUGCCAGGCCCGUAAUCUGCCAUGGGCCCCCGUACCGACUCCUCAUGCUGCUGCCAGGCCCGUAAUCUGCCAUGGGCCCCUGUACCGCCUCCUCAUGCUGCUGCCAGGUCCAGAGAGUGUGUCAUGGGUCCCUGUACGGCCUCCCAUUGCUGCUGUCUCUAUCGCCACACUCUGCCAUGUGCCACUUUCAGGUCUCCUCACACUGCUGGUGGUUUCCAUUUUUGUCAUAGGGUGCUGUAUGGCCUCCCAUUGCUGCUGCCUCCACCGCCACACUGUGGCUCCACACUCUGGUUUUGGCCCCGUGACUGCCCAAAUGAGUGAAGUGUGCGGUGAUUCUAAGAUCGACGGCACUCAUCUGCAUGUCAUACUGCCUGACAGUAUUAUUUCUCUUCCCCAGCAGACUCCAAGGGCAUUUAAAUUAAAGGUACAGUGUUCAGCACUAAUAUUA